GAAGUCUCCUCAUUCCUUCCUCUCUCCCUCUCCCCUCUCCACUCUCCUUGCUCUCCUAUUUUUAUUUAAUUUAACUGGUUUAGUUCCUCCUCAAAAUCUUCCCUUUUGCCUUUCACUUUCAAUCUAAAGUUGAGACCUCUUCAGCUCUUCUUCCAUGGUGUGUUAAAAGUCAGGGCUCCCCUAUUUCUCCCCUGUUUUCGUUUCUUCUUUUGUGUUUCGGUUUUGGGUUGAUGAUGGCUCAAAAGCAUUUACACGAGUUGUUGCAAGAGGAUCAGGAACCGUUCGUUCUCAAGAACUACAUUGCCGACAGGCGUGGCCAAUUCAAGCGGCCACUGCCCAAAACCCAUAUUCAGGUCAAGAAGCGAAAACCCAUUUCGCAGACGUCGAAUUUUCCUUCAAAUUUCUGUAAAAAUGCUUGCUUUUUCUCGUUCCAUGAAUCUCCUGACCCGAGAAAGUCUCCCCUGUUUGAGUUCUCUUCUCCGGCCAAGAGCCCCUGUAGAAACUCAAAUGCCAUCUUCCUUAACAUUCCGGCCAGAACAGCAGCUCUGCUUCUCGAGGCUUCACUCAGGAUUCAGAAACAGAAACCCCAGAACAAAAACAAUGGCUUCUUUGGGUUCUUUCUGAAGAGGCUAACUAAUAGGAAUCGCAACCGUAAGAUGGAAAUUUCCGGCGAUGGUGUUAAGGUCUCGGUAAAGGACACUGUCGACCUUAGAAAAUCUUUCCAGGAAAAUAGAAAAACGACUCCUGCCGUCAAAACAGCUUCUCCUGAGAUAAGUGCUUAUGAGAUGGGAUUUUCUUGCUCUUGCAAUGGGAGUCGGCCCAGCAGCGCCGUAUGGUCGGAGAGCAACGAAGAGAAGUCUUUGGAUUUGGAUUUAGACACCUCCAGUAGCAGCCAAUCUGAUGAUUUUGAAGACAAUGGAAAGUUCUUCUGUGAAAGCCCUUUUCAUUUUGUACUUCAAAGAAGCCCCUCUUCCGGCCACCAGACACCGGUUUUUUCCUCGCCGGCGACAUCCCCUAGUCGCCAAAAAAGACAGGAUUGUGAUGUUGAGAGGUUAAAGAAAUUGGAAGUUGAAGGAGGAGAAGAAGAGGAAGUGAAGGAACAAUGCAGUCCUGUGUCAGUAUUGGAGCCUCCAUUCGAGGAUGAUUAUGAUGGUCAUCUGGAUAAUGGUGAUGAGGACCAUGAUCGUGACUAUGAUCUUGAGAGUAGCUAUGCAAUUGUUCAGAGGGCAAAGCAGCAGCUGCUGCAAAAACUUCGUAGGUUUGAGAAACUGGCUGAAUUGGAUCCAAUUGAACUUGAGAAAAGAAUGUCAGAACAAGACGAAGAUGACAGUGAGUAUGAUGCCAACAGUGCUUGUGACCAAAAGGAAGAAGAUGACUACUUUGAGCAUGGGGAGUCCAUUUCAUCAGACAAAGAAACGGAUAUUGAUACUUUUGUCCAAGAAGUACUUAGAUCAAGCUUCCUCCAUCAAAGACGAAUCCCAGAAGGCAUGAAAAGGCUGGUGUCUGAUCUCACAGCCGAGGAAGAAACAAAGGAGAACUGCUGUAUGGACAGAGAAGUGGUAGUCAAAAGAGUUUGUAAUAGAUUAGAGUCAUGGAAGGAAGUGGAAGCAAACACCAUUGACAUGAUGGUGGGACAAGAUUUGAGAAGAGAGGUCGAUGGAUGGAAGAGAAAUCAAGAGCAGGUGAGCGAGAUGGCAUUAGAGGUUGAGUAUGCUAUCCUCGGAUUAUUGGUGGAGGAAUUCUCACAGGAACUAGUCAGUUUAAACUGAAACAUAAUGCAGAGAGAUGUUAAAAUAAAUUUUGCCUUCAGUUUUCACAUUUUUUUAAUUAAAUGUUAAUUAGGGGAGUAUACUUUAUCUUGCUAUGAAGGAUAGGUUAAUAGAUCUAGAGACAUGAGAAUGGAGAAAGCAAGAAGGAUCUCGCUUGCUUGGGUGUUUAGCAAGGUAUUAUGUAUAUGAAACAUGAAUCAUGUAUGUAGUGGGACAGAGGUGCAUGGAUCCUUACUCUUUAUAUAUUACUCUAUAUUUUUUUU